AUGCAGUCUCAUGCCACUUGGCCGAAACACCUCCUAUGUGAUGGCUUCAGGCGACGCGCUCAAAAUGUUGCCAAUACGAAUGGUCAGGACAAUGCCGGGUCCGUUCCGGGGCUUGCUUCUGUUCACCCGAAUUACCAUGUUCAGGCCCUUAAGGAUACUCCGUGGCCGCAGACCCUCAUGCUCCUUGGCAAAUCGGGCGAGCAGAUCAUGAUCGACCUCCUCAUUGACACGGCCAUAUUUCUUCCUGUGAAGGCCGGCGUCGGCAAUUUGUAUCAACUGAGUGGUAUCCCCAUGUCGGAGACUGGGGUGUCUGUAGCUGUGGACCAAGACAAGACGAAUCGUUCAAAAGGGGAUUCCAAGCCAAUAGAUGCGGUUGACGAACGACUUCCUUCCGAAAUCACGUUCGUGAGGAAUCGCAUGUUCUACGCCAGAGCAGCGCUUACUGCCAAGGGAACUGUCCACUACGGCCUCAGACAUAUACAUGCGGCGUCGGAGGAAGAAAAAUUGGCAGUUGCCCAAGCCAAUGAGCGUAACACGAAGAAGACCCUCAUGUAUAUUUUCCCUCGACAGUUUGGUCUACACAAUGCGUUUACCUCGAAGAUCGAUCACUCCAAGACGUCUCAGAAGUUUGCAGACUACACCCUCCGUGAGGAGGAAAUCUCGACACUAUCUGAGAAGCAGAGGAUGCGACUUCCCAAGAGACUUCGAGGAAAUGCCAAGCGGCUUGUCGAGCGGUUGCAACUCCUCCAUGGCCGCUGCGCCUAUGCCGAGCUACUGCGGCAUUACUGUCCAUCUGCCUUCGAUAUCAAAUCUGGCACCUCUGCGUCGGAGAAGACACUCAAACGGUCCCAGAGAUUUCCGACUUCGCAGGCACCGGAAAGCAAGACUCAACUGACGGUGUCUUCUGACCUUCUUAGUAUUACAAAACAGAGCCGUCAAAAGCCGCGGCAACCAGCACCGUCCUUGUCGGUGAUCAAGUUCGAUGCAGUGACUGAACUAGCGACUCCAACAGCCCAUGUGUCCGCGUUUUGCCAGGCUGUGCUGGCCAAGGUUAUUCCCGAUGAGUUUUGGGGGCUUGGCAACGACCAGAUACACAACAAAAAUACCAUACUGAAGAAGGUCGACCAUUUUAUCAGAAUGCGGAGGUUCGAGAGCAUGUCCCUCUACGAACUUGCAGACGGGAUCAAGGUGACAAGCAUGGAAUGGCUGGCGCCACCUGCUCUAAAGGGUCAGAGGACCAGCCAAACAGACAUGAAGAAACGACUCGAGAUUCUCAACGAAUUUUUGUACUAUGUUUUUGAUUCUCUCUUGAUACCCUUGUUACGCAGCAAUUUCUACAUCACCGAGUCAAGCUCUCACCGUUACCGUCUGUUUUUUUUUCGACAUGACGUCUGGCGAUACGUGGCGGAGCCAGCGAUGACCACCCUCCGGACAAGCAUGUUUGAGGAGGUGAAGUUGGAUCAGGCGACAAAAAUCCUCGAUUCCAGGCGCUUAGGCUUCAGUCGUAUCAGGCUCUUGCCCAAGGGGAAGACCAUGCGACCGAUUAUGAACCUCCGGAGGAGGACCGCGGUCAAGGGCAACCGCGCCAUCCUUGGACCGAGCAUCAAUUCCAUUCUCGGCCCUGAACGCAAUCCAUGCAAGCUUGGCUCUUCCAUGUUCUCCGUGGGUGAUAUUUACCCACGCCUGAAUGCUUUCAGUGCCGGCUUCAAAGAUCAACAUCCCAAGUUCUACCUCGCCAAAGUGGAUGUGCAAUCUGCAUUUGACACAAUACCACAGGCGGCCGUUAUCCGGUUGAUGGGGGACAUCCCCAGUGAGAAACAGUACGUUAUCAAGAAACACGUCGAAGUCAAAGCCGGGCUGGUAGACAGCCGGCCCCAAAAGCAUACAGUCACGAAACUGACGCGACGGUGGCACUCCAUCGCUGUGACGCGCAAUGACACGGCCGACUUUUCAAAGCUGGUUGAGAGCCGUCUUGGGAAGAACCGGAAAAACACGGUAUUCGUGGGCAACACGAUGAGGAGGGAAGUCGACAUCGGAGAGUUGAUGGAUCUGAUGGCGUCGCACAUCAAGCAAAACUUGAUCAAGGUCGGCAAAAAGUUCUACAGGCAGAAGAAGGGCAUCCCGCAGGGUUCCGUGCUCUCCUCCGCCCUCUGCAACUACUUCUACGCCGAUCUGGAAGCGCAGCACCUCGCGUUCCUCGCGGCGGAGGAUUGCCUUCUCUUGAGGCUGAUAGAUGACUUUCUUCUCAUCACGACGGACCAGUCAAAGGCGCGCAAGUUUGUCGAUAUCAUGCACGGCGGACUUCCCGAGUACGGCGUCACCGUCAACCCCAACAAGACGCUGAUCAAUUUCGACAUGGAAGUCAGCGGCGUAAGGGUAGCUAGGCUGCCAAAGGGAUCUCAUUUCCCCUACUGCGGCUUGGGCAUUGACUGCAACACGCUCGACAUCGUCAAGGACCGAGAUCAUGUCAAGGACACCGGUAAGCCCCAUGCCUCUGCUCAGGAGAUGCAUAGUUUUGUCAAGCUGACCAACUCAUUAGUGGUCUCCAACGCUCUGACCGUCGAUUACGGCAACAAGCCUGGUCAGAACUUCCAGAGAAGAGUCCUGAACGCAUUCAAAAUCCAAUCCCACCUCAUGUUCUACGACACCAAACACAACGCCCUCGAGACCGUCAUGUCGAACCUUCACCGGGCCUUUGCGGAGACGGCCGAGAAGAUGUGGGCUUACUGGCGGUGCCUGCCCGCAUGGAAACGGCCUGGUGACGGAUUGAUCAUGCAAACCAUGGUCAAGGUCAUUGACGUCGCCGUCGUCCUCCUUACUAGCAAGGCUAGGCGGGAGAAAUAUCCCGGCUACGCCUGCGCCGUCGAGAAGACGCACGUUACAUGGCUAGCUCUCGACGCAACCAGGGAGGUCCUCUCAAGAAAGCAAGCAAACUUUGCGGGUGUCCUCUCGUGGAUCAGCACCGAGCUCGGGAGACUUGAUUCCAAGAAGACAGCACGUGCGAAAAGGGGCAUUCGGUGA